AGACCAAUAAAGAUUCAUUUCACAACGUUAGUUGAUAAACCGGGUAUAAUCACGGUGAAACGUCAAACAGAAAAAUAAAAUGUCAAGAAACGAUGGCAAAAAAGAUUCAUCAGCAUCGACAUUUCGAAAAAUCGAUGUUGAUCAAUAUAGUGAUAAUAAUUUCAGAGAAGAAGAUGCUGAUGGAGGCAUAGGAGGACCUACAGGUCCAGAUGAAAAUGAAAUUUUAACACUUCUUAGCCAGGGUAAGAAUGCCGAAGCUUUAAUAUCAGUAUUGAGAUCUGCACCACUUGGAUGCAAAAAUCAACAAGUAAAGGACAAUGCUCGGAAUUUAACACUAAAAGUUCUUCUAAGUAUAAAAUCUACUCAAAUAGAUGAUUGUUUAACACAAUUAGAUCGUGACAUGCUGGAUGUUUUAAUGAAAUAUAUUUAUCGAGGAUUUGAAAUUCCAACAGAAGGUAGCAGUAGUCAUUUAUUAACUUGGCACGAAAAGGUAUAUAAUAUCAGUGGUGUUGGCAGUAUUGUUCGGGCAUUUGCAGAUAGCAAACGUGCUUAAAAAAAUUUGUACAUUUUUCAAUGAUAUUCAUUACAAUAACUACUAUUAAUCCUUACUGUUAUUCAGUGUCAUUGUUAAUACAAUGAAGGAUGUAGAUAGAGGACAUAGAUUCCAAAUGAAAAAUAUAACAUAUUGGUGUACAUUUGUUAUCAAUAAAGUAAUUUUUAUUUCUUA